AUGUCGAUAAUGCUGGAGUCAGAUGAGCGGAUUCGAAAUGCCUAUCUCCAAUAUGCUCAAGAGCUAAUCGAACAUUUUGUCAUGUGCUGUGCUGACCUGUAUGGCAAGACCUUUCCUGUAUACAAUGUACAUGGACUAAUUCAUCUCCAAGAGGAUGCCAGCCACUUCAACUGUUCCUUGAAUGACAUUUCUUGUUUUCCAUUUGAGAACUACCUACAACAAGUCAAGAAACAUCCCAUGAAGAUGGAGUGGAGAGUGGCCAAGUGGAGAGUGCGGACAGUCCCUGGGAGAUGUCCACUCCUAGAUCUCGACAUGCAGCGAGAGGUCAUGCAAGGGAUGGCUAUCGCUCCAGGUAAAGAAGCAGGACAGGGCACAGCGUCCAGACAUGACGGGUCACGGCACAGGUCACAAGAUGACCGAUCCCGUGGUGAUGCCCCCAGUCCUCCAGCCAGGCCCCGUCAAGAUGACCGAUCCCGUGGUGAUGCCCCCAGGCCCCGGCAAGAUGACCGAUCCCGUGGUGAUGCCCCCAGGCCCCGGCAAGAUAACCGAUCCCGUGGUGAUGCCCCCAGUCCCAGGUCCAGACAUGACAGAUUACGGCAUGGUGAUCUCAGCAGCCCUCCCUAUGACAGGCAUGAUGCAGUGACUGAGAGUGGGAGAUGGGCCUUCCCAUUGCCUUGGGAUGUGUUCCAGAAACGAGUCCUGAGCCUACUGGUCGAUGUCCGCAAUCGCCUGAAGGAAACACAGCCUGCCUCUUCAGCUGUCCAUAUGGAGAAGAUUGACACCAUGGAGGACUUUGAGUUACAGGAGCAACGCCUCUCUGAUGCACAGACCUUUGAUACCCUAGUGCUGCAAAUUUCAAGAAUUGGUGGGCGGAACACCAAGGACUGUGCCCACAAAGUGUUGGACAGGCUCUUCACCAACAGCCUCAUGGCCAAAUUUAAUUUGAAGGGCAAAGGGGAAAAGGAGAAACGUCCUUUAGAGGGAACAAAGGUUUAUAGAGCAAUACAAGAAGGGCUCAUGAAAUUCGAUCCCACAGCCACCGAGGAGAACAUCAAGGCGAACGUGUCCGAGCACCUCAAGCACGCGCCGCAAAGGCGUGGAGGUGGAGGAUUUACAACGCCCUGAUAAGCCAGCCCCCUCACUCCAUGCCCUAAAUGUGUUGUGGCGACAGAGGCGUGGACAUUUAGUCAAGAUUGUUUCCCUUUUCAAAAGUUAUUUUCACACUGGAGCUACAUAAGUCACACUGGAGCUACAUAAGUCACUGGAUGGCUCACAUAUAUACACACACUCACUUACACAGGAUUUUUGAAAGAGUUAAAUUUAAAGAGUUCAAUUCAAUUAAAAUCUUAUUCAUUCAUAAUAAUUCUGUUUCAACUGUUAUGCUUGAUAUGUCUGAUGCCCUUCUGAUGCCAUUCAGGGCCGUUUGUUUUUGAAUAAAGAUGGAAAUGGGUAUUGAAUUGUGAUUUAUUUGUGUGUGCAUGUUUAUAUCUCCCCUGUCAUCCCCCCAACACACACACCAAGACCCCUGGC